CGCGCAUGUGCAGUAGAGAGUGGCGCGAGUCAGCGGCUUCCGGCCGAAGAUCAUGAUGCAAGGGGAGCCAAACCCUAGUGCUUCUCUUAUUGACAGAACUAUCAAGAUGAGAAAAGAAACAGAAGCUAGGAAAGUGGUUUUAGCCUGGGGACUCCUAAAUGUAUCUAUGGCUGGAAUGAUAUAUACUGAAAUGACUGGAAAAUUGAUUAGUUCAUAUUAUAAUGUGACAUAUUGGCCCCUCUGGUAUAUUGAGCUUGCCCUUGCAUCUCUCUUCAGCCUAAAUGCCUUAUUUGAUUUUUGGAGAUAUUUCAAAUAUACUGUGGCACCAACAAGUCUGGUUGUUAGCCCUGGACAGCAAACACUUUUAGGGUUAAAAACAGCUGUUGUACAGACUACUCCUCCACAUGAUCUGGCAGCAACCCAAAUUCCUCCCUCUCCACCUUCUUCAAUUCAGGGUCAGAGUGUGUUGAGUUACAGCCCAUCUCGUUCACCCAAUACCACUCCUAAGUUCACUACCAGCUGUAUAACUGGAUACAGCCCUCAGCUACAAGGUCUGUCAUCAGGUGGCAGUGGUUCUUAUAGCCCAGGAAUGACCUACUCACCCAUCAGUGGUUAUAAUAAGUUGGCAAGCUAUAGUCCCUCCCCUCCUCCAUACCCUACCACCGUGGGACCAGUGGAGAGCAGUGGAUUGCGAUCUCGCUACCGUUCUUCACCCACUGUCUAUAACUCCCCUACUGACAAACAAGACUACAUGACAGACCUACGAACUUUGGAUACUUUCCUUAGAAGUGAAGAAGAGAAACAGCAUAGAGUUAAGCUGGGAAGUCCAGAUUCUACCUCGCCUUCCACCAGUCCUACUUUCUGGAACUACAAUCGUUCUCUGGGAGAUUAUGUACAAACUCUAAAGAAGUUUCAGUAUCAGCUUGCCUGUAGGUCUCAAGCUCCGUGUGCUAACAAAGAUGAAGCCGAUCUCAGUUCUAAACAAGCUGCAGAGGAGGUUUGGGCAAGAGUGACUAUGAAUAGACAACUUCUUGAUCAUAUGGAUUCAUGGACAGCUAAGUUCAGAAAUUGGAUCAAUGAGACAAUAUUAGUGUCACUUGUACAAGAGAUUGAGUCUGUCAGCACACAGAUGAGACGCAUGGGUUGUCCAGAGCUGCAAAUAGGAGAGGCUAAUAUUACCAGCUUGAAACAAGCUGCUCUGGUCAAAGCUCCUCUCAUUCCAACUCUGAAUACAAUCGUGCAGUAUCUAGACCUUACCCCAAAUCAGGAAUACUUGUUUGAAAGGAUUAAAGAACUUUCUCAAGGAGGCUGUAUGAGCUCAUUUCGAUGGAAUAGAGGUGGAGACUUCAAAGGACGCAAGUGGGAUACAGACCUGCCCACUGAUUCUGCUAUCAUCAUGCAUGUGUUUUGCACCUACCUUGAUUCCAGAUUACCUCCACAUCCUAAAUACCCUGAUGGAAAAACAUUUACUUCUCAGCACUUUGUACAGACACCAAAUAAACCAGAUGUGACAAAUGAGAAUGUUUUUUGCAUUUAUCAGAGUGCUAUCAACCCUCCCCAUUAUGAGCUAAUCUACCAGCGUCACGUCUACAAUCUUCCAAAGGGCCGAAAUAAUAUGUUUCAUACAUUAUUAAUGUUCCUCUACAUCAUAAAGACCAAAGAGUCAGGAAUGCUUGGGAGAGUUAAUCUUGGUCUAUCCGGUGUGAAUAUUUUAUGGAUUUUUGGCGAGUAGUGGGUCAUUUAAUUCCAAACAUUUGGACUUUUAUUUGCCUGAAUCAGAAGUUGAAUCUAAGCAUCUCUGAGUCACCACCUCUUUGUUUUAUGACACGUGUGUAUGUUACUCUUUAGAUUUAACAAACAAUUAACUAUUUUGGAAACUUCCUUGUGAAAGUAUGUCCUGUAUCUUCUACACCAAAAGACAUUAUCCUUGAUUUUUUAUCACAUUUCAGAUUUUUCCGUUUCUUACAAAACUACAAGCUUAAGGAUUGUUGUUGAUCCAGAACAGUGCAUUCCUCCCUUAAUUAAAUAAAUGCGAGUCCCUUUUCAUUGUAACUUCCAAAUAAGAAUCGUCUACCUGAUUCUUCCCCACAAAAAUUGAUUUUUCAGUUACAUUAUUUAGUAUAAAUUCUUAAAAAAAAACACAAGCAAAUUGCUAGCUUUUUUUUUUUUUUUAAUCUCUAACUUUCCCCAGUGUUUGGCAGAUCAGCCCAACACCCAUAUUUUAAAAAUAAGAUCAACUUCUAAAUAAUGUAUUAGUGCAUGUGUAUUUUUUAAAUAUUAUUGAAAGAAGUUUGACAGUAUUGUGUUUGAAAAGUCGUCUUGCAUUAAAUGUAGCUGAUAGAAUUAAACUCUUUGGGCCUUAGUUAAGAAGCUGAGGAUAUCAAGAAAACUAAUGCUUUGGUUUUCAUUUUAAUCCUCACCUAGGAUAUGUUGUUUUUGAAUUGAUUUUAGAGAGAGGAAGGGGGAGAGAGAAACAGCAACUGGUUGCCUCCCAUACUUGCCCCAGCACAGAUUCAAACUGGCGACCCAGGCAUGUGCCCUGGAAUUAAACCUGCCACGGGGCUCUGACCAGCCAAGCCACUGGCCAGGGCUGCUUUGGUCUUAAUAACUCAAGUCAAAUAGGGAAAAGUUUCUGAGAGGCCUGUCUCUGUGUUCUCCAUUUUAAAAAAUUUAAUUCCAUAAUAUUGUAUGAUUUUAAAAGUUCCCUUUAAGAUCAUAUGAUAUCUUAUGUUUAAAUUUUUUAGGUAUGUUCAGACUAUCUGGAGAGUAAGAAGUAACCAGGUUUAUAAGUUUUAUUGACUCUCCUUUUUUUUUUUUUAUGUAUGUAUAUAGUAUCCCUAAGGCCAGCCAGGAGUUGCAUAUAUUUUCUGGAUUGACAUAUUAGACUGCUUCCAUCACCUGGAAAUAACUAAAACAACUGCAUGCCAAUAUUAUAUGUGCAGCCCAUUUUGUGUGAUUUUGUAAAUUCUCUCUUUUAAAGUUGUUUCUGUUUUUUAAAAGUCAUAUGUCCCCAGGAAAGGAGUUCUGUUUUUUAGCUGUUUUUGAUAUAUGUUAAUAUGUUUGCUAUGGUAUUUAAGAGGAAAGUAUCAAGUAAAUGUGUGGAAAUAUAAAGACAUUUUAAGAUCUAAGUCUACUAUUUCAAUAGUUAUUAAAGGUGUCAUGGGCUAGCAGUUGUUUUGCUGUUAGACUUUUGGUGUGUAUUCUUUAUUAAAAGCAAUAAGGAGAAAAUGUUAGCAAUGCAUAAAACAAACAUUUUUUUCUUCAUAGGACUUGGGGCAGCUUUUAAAAAGUCCAAAAAUUCUAAGCUAGAAUAUUUUAUUUUUUUAAAUGACUGUCAAAAAGUACAAUAUACUGUAAACAUACAUGUAAAAAGACUAGGCAUAAAACAGAAGAGAUUUUGUUUGCAUGCUAAGUCUACUGGGGCUUCCUGUGCUCUGGGCGGCUUUCCUGUGUUAACUUAUCUUCACAGGUGUUUGAGCCAGCUUAUACUUUAAUAUGGCCUUUAUUAAAAAUUCACACUCAGGAAGACAGUACCCUGCAAAUAUGGUGAAGUUUUUUGGUCCUGUGUUAAAAUGAGUAAAUAUCUACUUUUCUUUAAUUAAAUGUUAUUUUAUAGGAUA